AUGGGAAGCCAAGAUUGUAGAGCUGUAGAAGAUGUCAGAGUAAAAGUUCUUGUGAAAUACUUAGCCGCUUAUCUUCUAUUGACUAAGGCAGGAAAUGCCUCUCCUUCUAAGGAUAAUAUCUCCAAGGUUUUAGAGGCCGCUGGUAUUGAGGUCGAAUCUGACAAAUUGGACAAGCUCUUUAGUGAAGUCGAAGGAAAGACAGCUGAAGAGUUGAUCGCUGCUGGUAACGAGAAGUUGUCUUCCGUUGCUGCUUCUGCCCCUGCUGCAGGCUCUGCUUCAGGUUCUGCCAGCGCCGCUGAAGGUGAUGCUGCAGAGGAAAAGGAGGAAUCUGAAGAGGAGGAGGAAUCUGAUGGUGACAUGGGUAUGGGUUUGUUUGAUUAA